AAUGGCACCAAGUCAACCUGAGAUACACAACGAGUCAAAUUGUGGCACAAAUGGUAUGCCGAGCAUUUCUCGGUGAUGAAGACCUGUGUAAAAAUCAAGUCUGGCUAAAUCUGAUGUUUGAAUUUCUGGAAACCACAUUUAUCGCCGCUCAUGAUUUACGUCGAUGGCCAAUUCCUAUGAGACGCAUUGUUUCCCGGUUUAGUCCAAUGUGUCGGUUGGUUCGGACACAGAUUCAAGAGGUUGAGAAAUACCUAAAGCCUCUGCUUGACAAAGAAGUUGGCCCUGAUUCAGAACUCAACUCGCUUGAGUGGGCCAAGGAGGCGAGCAAAGGCUCCUCAUACGACUUUACUACGUUUCUGCUCACACUUGCGCUCGCUUCACUAGAUACGACCAGCGAUUUGAUUGCAAAGGCUAUGUGUGACCUCUCCGAGAAUCCGGCUCUGGUAGAGGACAUUCGAAAAGAAAUCAUUGAGACCGUCGGAAAAGAGGGUUUGACCAAGUCAUCUACACAGCGGCUAUACCUUUUGGACAGUGCAGUAAAGGAAUCCCAAAGACUCAGACCACUCGGGUACAGCAACAUGGAGCGAUUCGCCAAAGAGAAGGUAGUUUUACCCGAUGGUUUGAUUAUCCCGAAGGGAACUUCAAUCAUGGUAUCAGCAUGUCAUAUGAUGGACUCCUCAGUCUGGACGGAUGGAGACAAAUACGACGGCUACCGAUUUGCAAAUUUGCGAAAGAACGCGAAGAAUUCGUUGACAAGCCCUUACCAGCUUACCUCCACGAGCCCGGAUCAUAUGGGCUUUGGACAUGGCAAACAGGCAUGCCCUGGAAGACAUUACGCUGCAAUCUUUCUCAAAAUAGCGCUAUGCCACAUUAUUAUGAAGUAUGACUUCAAUGUGAACCUACCGGAAGAAGGUCGCAUUCAGUUGCGUGGGCAUAAUAUCCUACCACACUCAAACAUCAAAGUCAACCUCAGACGACGGAAAGAGGAAAUAUCUUUUUGA